CCUUACCCUACCCCACCCCCCUUCCCCACCCCGACCCCGACCCCCCACCCCUCCUCCUCUCCCGGCCUCUUCUCCGGCAGCCCACCAUCACCACCAGCCACCCCCCCUCUUUUUUUUCCUCCGUGGGCCCGAGAUAUGGCAAUGGUAGUUAGCAGCUGGCGAGAUGCGCAAGAGGACGUGGCCGGGGGCGGCCCCACCGGAGCAGCUCAGCCGGGCCGGGACCCGCAGCAAGGGGCCUCGGCGGCCCCCCACACGCCGCAGACGCCCAGCCAGCCGGGCGCGCCGUCCACGCCGGGCGACAAGGGGCAGCAGCAGCAGGGAUCGGGCCAGAGCCAGCAGCAGCAGCAGCAGCACAUCGAGUGCGUGGUUUGCGGGGACAAGUCCAGCGGCAAGCACUAUGGGCAGUUCACCUGCGAGGGCUGCAAAAGUUUCUUCAAGCGAAGCGUCCGCAGGAACUUAACGUACACUUGCCGGGCCAACCGGAACUGUCCCAUCGACCAGCACCACCGCAACCAGUGCCAGUACUGCCGCCUCAAGAAGUGCCUCAAAGUGGGCAUGAGGCGGGAAGCGGUUCAGCGAGGAAGGAUGCCUCCGAGCCAGCCGAACCCGGGCCAGUACGCGCUGACCAACGGCGACCCGCUGAACGGCCACUGCUACCUGUCGGGCUACAUCUCGCUGCUGCUGCGCGCCGAGCCUUACCCGACGUCCCGCUACGGCAGCCAGUGCAUGCAGCCCAACAACAUCAUGGGCAUCGAGAACAUCUGCGAGCUGGCGGCGCGGCUGCUCUUCAGCGCCGUCGAGUGGGCCCGCAACAUCCCCUUCUUCCCGGACCUGCAGAUCACCGACCAGGUGGCCCUGCUGCGCCUCACCUGGAGCGAGCUCUUCGUCCUCAACGCGGCCCAGUGCUCCAUGCCCCUGCACGUGGCGCCCCUCUUGGCCGCCGCAGGCCUCCACGCCUCGCCCAUGUCCGCAGACCGCGUGGUGGCCUUCAUGGACCACAUCCGCAUCUUCCAGGAGCAAGUGGAGAAGCUCAAGGCCCUGCACGUCGACUCGGCCGAGUACAGCUGCCUCAAAGCCAUCGUCCUCUUCACGUCAGAUGCCUGUGGCCUCUCGGACGCGGCGCACAUCGAGAGCCUGCAAGAGAAGUCUCAGUGCGCCCUGGAGGAAUACGUGCGGAGCCAGUACCCCAACCAGCCCAGCCGCUUCGGCAAACUGCUCCUCCGGCUGCCUUCGCUGCGCACCGUCUCGUCGUCGGUCAUCGAGCAGCUCUUCUUCGUCCGCUUGGUAGGUAAAACCCCCAUCGAGACGCUCAUUCGAGACAUGCUGCUCUCCGGCAGCAGCUUCAACUGGCCUUACAUGUCCAUCCAGUGUUCAUAGAGCACCUCCUGGGCUCCCCCGCUUAGAGACCCUGAGAGGAGGAGGAGGAGGAGGAGGAAGGCCUCCAGCCCAGCCAGAGACCGGCCCAGACAACCACCACCUUGGGGGCGCACGCAGCCGGGUGGGGGAUCCGAGGAGAGAGAGAGGCAGAAAGAAAGGGGGUAGGAGGACAGAGAGAGAGAGAUAGGAGCAGCCCCCUCAGACACUGCACGAAAGACUCGCUUAGGAUCAGACCCCGGCUGAGAGAGGCGGUGAUGAUGAUGAUGAUGAUGAUGAAGGCGAAAUGGACACCUCGUAUUUUGUGGAACAAACCAUUGACACUGAGAUGGGAAACUUUAAACAAAAACCAUUUUAAAAAAAGGACCGAAGAGAUUAAAACAAAAACUCCCCCCUAAAAAAAGAAGACUAGAACGGAUUUCCCUGGAUUUAUGAUGGAUGGACUGAGGUGGAUCUAUCGUCUGUACAGCAAAACAAAACAAAACACACAGUUUAAGAGACAGAACAAACAAACAAA